CCGUCUGUUGUGAUUGCGAAACGGUGUUUAUAAAUUUUUACCAACUUUUCCGGCUUAUCUGAAGGAAAUUUAAGUUUUUUCGUUGAUAGCAUAAGUUUAUAAAACAAAACUGCCCUUAAAAUGAUGCGCCUCAAGUCUUUGGUGAGUGCCUGCGUGGGAACGCGAAAUUUGCACACGUCCGCAAGCCGAUUGCUCAACCUGGUUCCCAUUGUCGUGGAACAAACCGGCCGAGGUGAACGAGCUUACGACAUCUUCUCCCGGCUGUUGAAAGAACGGAUCAUCUGCCUGAUGGGUCCCAUUCAUGACGAUCUCAGCUCGUUAAUUGUGGCACAGCUUUUGUUCCUCCAGUCGGAAAACGGCACAAAACCCAUCCACAUGUACAUUAACUCACCCGGAGGCAGCGUGACGGCUGGACUGGCCAUUUACGACACGAUGCAGUACGUGAAACCGCCGGUCGCCACGUGGUGCGUUGGCCAGGCUUGUUCCAUGGGUUCGCUGCUGUUGGCAGCGGGAGCACCCGGAAUGCGUCACUCGUUGCCAAAUGCACGGAUUAUGAUUCAUCAACCGUCCGGUGGGGCGCAGGGUCAGGCCACCGACAUCCAGAUUCAAGCGGAAGAGAUUCUCAAGCUGAAAAAGCAACUGACUGAAAUUUAUGCCAAGCAUACGAAAUCGCCGUACGAAUCACUGCUGGCCAAGAUGGAACGCGACACAUUCCUCAACCCGGAGGAAGCACAAACGCUGGGCAUUAUCGACACCGUACUCGAACAUCCGCCAUCGUCCACCGAGGGUUCUUCGUGAGAGCAUUUCGAACAUAAUUUAUGUUGAAUUUUGUCAGAUUUUUAAUGUAAUCCGUAAUUCCAGAAUAAAUCUUUAGACACAACUA